AUGGCGGCUUUGUUUAUUGCUAAGAGAGGAAUCAUAAACAUUUACAGAGGAUCGCCGAGAAACUACAACAACAACACUCUUCAAUCUUCUCGUUGCUUCACCUCUCAAGGAAGCGAUGGGGCUGGAGAGUCAUCUGCGAGUAUGAAUGAGGCGAGACAAGAGGCGAUGGGGACAAGUACAGAUACUAAGGCUCCAAAUGUUUCAGUCAGCUAUGCAGCAGAUACUGCAAAAGAAGGGUUGAAACGAGCCACAGAAUUAGCCAAGGAGACGAGCGAAAACCAUACUGAAACAGAGGAUGCAGCAGCCAUGGUUGCAGGCGGUGAGGACGAGAAGGAAGAGAACGUGACCGUUGGUGAAAUAGAAACUCUUAAAGGAAAAAAUCAGUCUUCAAGCUGAGAAAAAUGUGUCUGUAUGUUAAAGGACAAACAAAUCAAUAAUGUUUUUUAAUGCGUCAGAAUGUUAAAAUAGUUCUGACAUAAAAGCAGAA